AGACAGGUUGAGGCCCCAGCCCAGGAGGGGGUGAGGACAGGAUAUAUGAAACCCUCAGGGCCAGGCUCCGGGAGGCCCAUCUCAGGUCCUGGAGUGUCCAUGGAGCACUGCUGCACCAUGAAAUUCACCGCCACCUUCCUGGUGCUCUGUGUGGCCCUGCUCAGCCACUCUGCUGCCGCUUUCUUUGUGGACUCAGUGCCUAAGCCUGUGGCCCAACCUGUGGCUGCCCUCAACUCCGCCGCAGGGGCCGUGGCCAACCCCCUUCCCAACCACUUCAGUGCCCUGAAGUUCAUGCUGACCAGCUUGGGGGUCCCCGUGGAGCACCUCAUAGAGGAAUCCCAGAAGUGUGUGGCUGAGCUGGGCCCCGAGGCCGUGGGGGCCGUGAAGACUCUGCUGGGGGCCCUGACAUUGUUUGGUUGACCGGAGGCUGGAGAAGCCGUGCCUGAGGACAAGAUGCGGCCCACCUGAGCAUCCACGGCCUGCCCUCCCUCUCUUAAUAAACAUGGUUAAGAGCAA